AUAAACAAAGGCAGACACACAAAUUCGCUUUCCCUAUUUAUGUCCAAAACCCAAACACAAAGCUCCACUUACAAUCGCUGCCAGAAACCCUUGCUUAAUAACCCCCUCUCUAUCUAUAAUCUAUAUACAUACAUACAAAGCUGCUGUAUCUGUACACCCACACAUAAAAUCAGUGAUUGAGUGGUCUAUAAAACCCUAGGAAAUGGAGGAUUCGAACAACACAGCAAGGAAUGUGGCGCAAGCAAUAGUCGCUGUACUUGAAUGGAACUGCCCUCCUGAUACUCGCAAAGCUGCUGUUUCGUAUCUCGAAUCCGUAAAAGCAGGAGAUGUGCGUGUCUUGGCAAAUACAUCUGUUCUAUUAGUUAAAAAGGAUUGGUCUACCGAAAUUCGUAUACAUGCCUUAAAAUUGAUGCAACAUGUAGUGCGAUUACGGUGGGAUGAGCUUAGUUCUAAUGAAAGAAGAGACUUCACGAAUGUUGCCAUUGGUUUGUUGCCUGAAGUUGCAGGUCCUUGUGAAGUCUGGGCUUUGAAAAGUCAAACAGCUGCCCUCAUCGCUGAGAUAGUCCGUAGAGAAGGUCUAAGUCUUUGGCAGGAGCUUCUUCCAUCGCUAGUCUCCCUUUCCGCCAGUGGUCCUCUCCAAGCUGAGCUGGUGUCAAUUAUAUUGAGGUGGCUUCCAGAAGAUAUCACAGUUCACAAUGAAGACUUGGAAGGUGAUAGGCGAAGGCUGUUGUUACGUGGACUAACCGAUUCAUUGCCUGAAAUCUUGCCAUUAUUGUACUCUUUACUAGAAAGGCAUUUCGGAGCUGCUUUAAGUGAAGCAGGUAUGCAACAGAUGGACUCUGCCAAACAGCAUGCAGCUGCAGUAACAUCUAUUCUGAAUGCUGUCAAUGCCUAUGCGGAUUGGGCUCCUUUACCUGAUCUUUCAAAAUAUGGGAUAAUUCAUGGCUGUAGCUUCUUACUCUCAGCGCCCGACUUUCGUCUUCAUGCAUGUGAUUUUUUCAAGCUCGUCUCUUCAAGGAAGCGACCUGUUGAUGCAGACACCGCAUAUGAUUCGGCAAUGAGUAAUGUUUUUCAGGUGUUGAUGAAUGUGUCAAGAGAAUUCUUGAGCAAAACUGGACCUCAUGCUGCUACUAUUGAUGAGAAUGAAUUUGAAUAUGCUGAAUAUAUAUGUGAGAGUAUGGUGUCUCUGGGUACAUUUAACCUAAAAUGUAUUAGUGGUGACAGCACAAUAAUCCCUUUCUACCUUCAGCAGAUGCUAGGAUAUUUUCAACAUUUUAAGCUAGAUCUGCACUACCAGACUCUAUUCUUUUGGCUGGCUUUGUUGCGAGAUUUACUUCUAAAGCCAAAGGUUAUUCAACAUGCAGCUGUUGACAGUUCAUUGAACAAUCUGAGCUCUGGUUCUAAACAAGCUGACGAUGGGAAGAUGAAUAUUUUAAGUUUUCUGAAUGAAGAUAUAUUUAGUAUUAUGCUGGAAAUCACAUUUCAACGCAUGGUCAAAAAAGAAAGAGUACAAUCUGGCACAGCAUAUGGUAUUGGGGCACUGGAAUUGUGGAGUGAUGAUAUUGAGGGUAAAGGAGAUUUCAGUCAGUACCGUUCAAGACUGACAGAGUUGAUUCGGCUAAUUACCUGUAGCAAGCCUCUCCUAGCUGCUACUAAGGUUUCCGAGAAAAUUUUAAUAAUCAUCAAUGCCUUUUCACUUGAUCCAACUGCUCAGAAUUUUGCCGCAAUGGAAAGCAUGCAAUUUGCUCUAGACAACAUUGUGAGUGCAAUUUAUGGCGGCUCAACUGAUUAUAACAAUAAUGAUUCUGAGAUACGAGUUUCAUUAGGCAGAAUUCUUGAAGGUCUACUUCAACAACUGCUUUCAUUGAAAUGGACUGAACCAACGUUUGUGGAACUACUUGGGCACUAUUUAGAUGCAAUGGGGCCUUUCUUAAAGUACCAUGCUGAUGCUGUGGGAAGCGUGAUAAAUAAGCUGUUCGAGCUUUUAAAUUCACUUCCAUUUGUUGUAAAGGAUCCUGCUACAAGUACGGCUCGCCACGCAAGAUUGCAGAUAUGUACAUCAUUUAUUCGAAUUGCCAAAACAGCUGGAAAAAGCCUUCUUCCUCAUAUGAAGGCAAUAGCUGACACAAUGUCUUACUUGCAAAAAGAAGGUGGUCUUCUUCGUGGGGAGCAUAAUCUGCUAGGGGAAGCAUUUCUUAUCAUGGCUUCUGCUGCUGGGGUUCAACAGCAGCAAGAAGUUUUAGUAUGGUUACUUGAACCUUUGAGUAAACAGUGGAUACAAACUGAAUGGCAAAAUGAGUUUUUAUCAGACCCGAAUGGUUUGAUUCGCUUGUGUUCUGAGACAAAGUUCAUGUGGUCACUUUUCCACACUGUAACAUUUUUUGAGAAGGCUCUUAAGAGAAGCGGUGUCAGAAAAGGCAGUUCAAGUGUACUGAACACUUCAUCAGAAAAUUAUGUUCCCUGUCAUCCUAUGGCAUCUCAUCUGUCAUGGAUGCUGCCUCCUCUUUUGAAACUGCUUCGAGGUAUACAUUCUCUAUGGUCGCCGCCUGUUACUCAAGCUUUACCUGGAGAAAUGAAAGCUGCAAUGGUUAUGAGUGAUGUAGAGCGGACAAGUCUUCUCGGUGAAGGAAAUUUAAAAUCGUCCAGGACUGCAUUGAAUUUUAUUGAUGGAACUCAAUUCGACAUGAAUAAAGAAGGCUCUACAGAGUCAAAUGAAAAUGAUAUACGGAAUUGGUUGAAGGGUAUAAGAGAUAGCGGGUAUAACGUACUGGGCUUAUCAGCAACCAUUGGGGAUUCAUUUUUCAAAACUAUGGAUGCCCAUUCCGUAGCUUUGGCUUUAUUGGAGAAUGUACAGUCAAUGGAAUUCAGACAUAUGAGGCAGCUUGUUCAUUCAAUUUAUAUACCAUUAAUCAAAUGCUGCCCAUCAGAUAUGUGGGAGUUGUGGUUAGAAAAGCUUUUGCAUCCAAUAUUCCUGUACUCGCAGCAGGCCCUUAGUUGUUCAUGGUCCAGUCUUAAACAGGAAGGUAGAGCAAAGGUUCCAGAUCGUCUUGGCAUACCUGCAGACUCCGACUUGAAAGUGGAAGUAAUGGAGGAAAAGCUACUGCGAGGCUUGACUCGUGAGAUCUGUACGCUCCUCUCGAUUUUGGGUUCCCAAGGAUUGAAUACUGGUCUUCCUUUAGUAGAGCAGUCUGGGCAUGUUAAUCGGGUGGAUGUGUCUGCACUUAAAGAAUUGGAUGCAUUUUCUUCUAGUUCCAUGAUUGGUUUCCUUUUGAAGCACAAAGGCCUAGCUCUACUGGCACUGCAGAUAGUUUUAGACACCUUUAAGUGGGGAGAUGGUGAAUCUGUGACUAAAGUUUCUUCCUUCUGUGGAUCUAUUGUUCUCUUGGCUGUUUCAUCUAGCAAUGCUGAACUCCGAGAAUUUGUUGCAAAGGAUUUGUUUUAUGCAAUAAUUAGUAGUUUGGAAUUUGAUUCAAAUGUUAAUGUCAGCGCUGAGCUUGUUGGUCUAUGCCGUGAAAUCUUUGUUUAUCUAUCUGAUAGAGACCCAGCACCCAGGCAGGUGUUACUCUCCCUUCCUUGCAUUGCACCCCAAGAUCUUCUUGCUUUUGAAGAAGCUUUAGCAAAGACGAGCAGUCCCAAGGAACAGAAGCAACAUAUGAGGAGCUUAUUGUUGCUAGCUACAGGAAACAAGCUAAAAGCUCUUGCGAAUCCUAAAAGUGUUGGUGUGAUUACCAAUGUUUCUGCUAGGCCUCGCAGUUUGGUCCCUGCUCCAGAGCCCAGAAAUGAGGAAGGCCCUAUAGGUCUAGCAGCAAUCAUGUAAAGGUCUUCUUCAGAGUUUAUUAGCGUGUACAGGGACAUAAUUUAGUUUUACAAAGGGUUACAAGUUUAACAGGUUAUGGAGCAUGACAGUGGAGAACUACAAAUUGUGGUAUAAUACAGGAAAUGACAGAUGGGGGGCAUUAACAGCGUAUUAGUUUUCUAUAUGCAAUCUUUGCCGUGUUUGUAAUGUUGUCGAAAUUCAUUGUUAUAAUAUAUAUUUCCCUGAACCCCAAUUUUGUCGGUUUUUCACCGCCAUCAUAUCUUUUGUUGAAGAUGAGCCCUGAACUUGUUGUACUUACAUUUUUGCUAGCAGCCAAUUAUGUAUCAAUGGUUAUAUCGUGGCCUUUCUAUCA